UACGAACUGUACACUUCUGCGGCUCUGCCUUGAAGAUUAGAUGGCCACAUUAAAUUCCUUGCGUAUUCCUGUACUGUUUUUAUUUACCUUACUGCUUGGAACUGAUGCCUAUUUCAUGCACACACAAAAUGAGUGUCGUUUCAGCUCAAAUGACCUGCAUGACUUGGAAUACAUUCAGAGAUACGUCUUUAAUAAAUUGGAGGCCAUCAGAUAUAACAGCACUCUGAAUAAAUACAUUGGCUACACUGCACUUGGGGUGAAAAAUGCUGAAAGAUUGAAUACUGAUGGAUCUGCGGAACAAAGACAUGCAAAUCUGGAUUCCUACUGCAGGCCUAAUGCUAAACUGGUCUUAACAAACAUACUGGACAAGAAAAAUAUACCCGAACCCACCAUCAAAAUCAGAUCUGCUUCACAUAGCAGUCACAAGCACACCUCCAUGCUAGUCUGCAGUGCCUAUGACUUCUACCCCAGAGGAAUCAAAUUGACCUGGCUGAGAGAUGGGAAGGAGGUAACGCAUGAUGUCACCUCCACGGAGGAGCUGGCUGAUGGAAACUGGUUCUAUCAGAUCCACUCACAUCUGGAGUACACACCCAAAUCAGGAGAGACCAUCUCCUGCAGGGUAGAACAUGCAAGUCUCCCUGAAGGCAAAGAGGUUAAGUGGGACCCCAACAUGUCUGAAGUAAAGAGAAACAAGGUGAUCAUUGGUGCCUCUGGCCUGGUGCUGGGGCUAAUAAUCACAAUUGCCGGAGUGGUCUAUUACAAGAAGAAAUCCACUGGGAGAAUUCUGGUCCCAUCAAGUUAAGGUGCAGAAUUAUUAAGCAACUGGAUCAUGAGGAUGGACUCUGUUUCUUGGUGAUUAAAACCUUAGUCUACAUUUUUUAAAUCAAAUUCUUAAAUGAUAUGUUGAUGCACUCAGGGUUGUUUUGCUUGGAUUGGAUAUAGAUUCAGAUGUUUUCAUAAUAUGGAAAUGGCUUUUCUUGCUUUUGUUUUAACAACCUAUAUAUUGAAUCAUUUAAAGGGUAGCAGGGCAUUGCUUCACAAAUUCUUAUCAUCUGUCUUAUGGAUAUUUUAAAAACUAAAUGAUGUACAACCCACUAUUCUUCAUAUAUUGAAAAAUAUGCCAUCUGUCAUCAGACUGUGUGCCAUUCUAUGAUAAGAAUGUACUGUAUGCAAUAAUGGGGCUGUUAAAUCCUUCAUGUUGUAUUUUCCUGGUCUAUUUUCAUGUAUUUGAUUUUAUUUUCUUAAAAUGUCCAAUGGUAUUGACUACUCUGUUCAUGUAACAUUUCCUUUCACAAAAAAAAACUAAUAAAUUUAAAUAACAAUAUAUAAACCCUAACAUGUGUGAACUGAAUUAUGUAUGUUUAAGAAUCCAGUUUGCAAUGCUGUAAUGAAUAAUGAAAUGUAAAAUAAUGGCCAGAUUUAGCUACUCAUUAUAUAUCAUACAGCAUACGAGGAUGUGAAUUUAUCAUAUGGUAAUGUCAGAUGUAGACAGUAGAUUUUCAUUAAAAAAGAGUUGUUUUACUGGUCAAGGAAUGUGUACAUUUUAACAAUUUCCUCUUACACUAGUUACACUAGUGUUACACUAAAAUACAAAGAAAUUACAAAAAUGCCUUGUGUUUUUAUAGUUUAACAAUAAAUAUCUACAUCACAAGUUAAGGACCAUCCCAGAUCUAUUAAUUGAAAAAUAUUGUAUCAUCAUUUGUAAAUUAAUAUGAAAUAAUGCAUGUGUAAAUAUCAUCCUGUAUGAGUCAACUCAUUAAAUAAAGAAUGUAAUGUCAUCUAC